GCGGGCUUCAGGUCUCACCAAUGACGAGCUGCUGGGGUCAAAGUUGAAGGGUUAAUUCCAAUAUGGCGGCUAACAAACGAGUACUGUAUGUUGGUGGCCUGGCAGAGGAGGUGGACGAGAAGGUGUUACAUGCAGCUUUUAUUCCCUUUGGGGACAUCACAGACAUCCAGAUACCAUUAGACUAUGAAACAGAAAAGCACAGAGGAUUUGCAUUCAUUGAGUUUGAAUUGGCAGAGGAUGCUGCAGCAGCUAUUGAUAACAUGAAUGAGUCUGAGCUUUUUGGCCGGACUGUGCGGGUCAACACGGCCAAGCCCAUGAGAAUCAAAGAAGGGUCUUCUCGACCAGUGUGGUCAGAUGAUGACUGGCUGAAGAAGUUCUCAGGGAAGACCACGGAGGAGGCUGAGGGGGAGGCUGCAGGCGGAGAAACAACCAGCACUGCAACACAGGAGGGUGAGCCCCCGGCUAAAAAGGGCAGAGUAAAUCCUCAGGUCUACAUGGACAUCAAGAUUGGAAACAAACCAGCAGGGAGACUACGCUUCCUCCUUCGGGCUGACAUUGUUCCCAUGACAGCAGAGAAUUUCCGCUGCUUGUGCACGCAUGAGAAGGGGUUUGGGUAUAAGGGCAGCAGCAUUCAUCGAAUCAUCCCUCAGUUUAUGUGCCAAGGAGGUGAUUUCACCAACCACAAUGGCACCGGCGGCAAGUCAAUCUAUGGCCGGAAGUUUGAUGAUGAAAACUUUGUCCUCAAGCACACUGCUCCAGGGCAACUCUCCAUGGCCAACUCUGGGCCAAACACCAAUGGCUCUCAGUUCUUCAUCACCACUGACAAAACAGACUGGCUGGAUGGCAAACAUGUGGUGUUUGGAGAGCUAGUGGAGGGGAUGGAUGUGCUCCGUGCAAUGGAGGCGCAGGGAACAAAAGAGGGCAAGCCGAAGCAGAAAGUCAUCAUCUCUGACUGUGGGGAAUAUGUGUGAACCAAGAAGUGUGCGCUUGCUUGUUUGUGUCUCUGGAGGCAGUGUAUGUCUGAGAGCUUGAGUGUGUUCAUUGUCUUUUGUACUUUGUACUCCCAAGUGGCCUGCCAUGUAAAUAUUUCAAUAAUCACUGUUUUUUUUUAUAAAGAAAAAGAAACCACA